ACGCUUCAGCCAAUGAGAGCGCGACCUGCGGCCCGACCCAGAGCCCGGACUCCUCUCGAGCAAGCCUCUGCGGCAGGCGCCGACGGACGGGUGGAGCAGUACGCGCCCAGCUGAGAUUUCUCGGGUGGGGACUCAGCACCGCGGGUAGGAGCCUGUCAGAGCCUGUCGUCAGGUGGGGCGAGAGCGGGCGGGAGCUCCGGCCCGGCGGCGCGCGCUCGUUGGCCGGGCUGGCGCCCCGGUGCGCAUGCGCUCCUGCCUGGCCCGGCGCAUCCUUGCAGAGCCCUGCGAGAGGAUCGACCGUCCUUCCUCCUGGUACCUGGUGGGAGGUGGAGCAGUGAUUAAUGGAUGCCUGGAAGUUGACCUACAUAUAUAUUCAGAAAUGUUUUGCCACCUGAGACCUGUGAGGAGGUUAUGUCCAGGAAAGAUAUUUCCAUACUGGUUUCUCUACUCAAGAGCUUUAUCGGGAGCUGAAGCAGUCAAUGCCUUGAGGCCAUUCUAUUUUGCUGUACAUCCAGAUUUCUUUGGACAGCACCCCAGGGAAAGGGAAGUCAAUGAAAAUUCUCUUAAGAGAUUAAGUGCCUACUUAGAAAACCUCCAGAAACCAGGCUUCAAGUCUUUGAAACCAACCCAGCUUAUGUUUUAUGUAAGAGAAACAGACCAGAACUCCUCUGAUGGCCAGGAACACUUCAGCACUUCCGGAUUUCGAGCAGUCAAAUUUACUUUGCACACCAGAGAUCUGCUAAGCACAGUGUUAUAUAUUCUCAACUCCUGCAGUUUAUCUAUUGAACAUAUCCAAAGCUUGAAUACUAAUGUGCACUCCCAGCCUCUCAAAGAGGCCACAAGGAUAUCUGACAGGCCCAUCAAAUGGGACAAGUCUUACUACUCCUUUACUGGAUUCAAGGACCCUGAUGAAGACCUCGAGCAAGUCUGGAGAAUGGAAACAACCCUAACAUCCUGGUUAGAUAAUAAUGGGAAAAGUGCUGUUAAAAAGCUGAAGAAUAGUUUGCCACUUAGAAAAGAACUAGAUCGUUUAAAAGAUGAACUGUCCCAUCAAUUGCAGCUCUCAGAUAUCAGGUGGCAGAGGAGCUGGGGCAUCGCCCACCGCUGCAGUCAGCUGCACAGUUUAGGCCGCUUAGCCCAGCAGAACUUGGAAAGCCUUAAAAAUGCAAAAGGAUGUACAAUAAUAUUUACAGACCGGUCCGGGAUGAGUGCAGUGGGCCAUGUGAUGCUGGGAACAAUGGAUGUCCAUCAUCACUGGACAAAACUUUUUGAAAGAUUACCGAGUUAUUUUGACCUGCAGAGGAGGCUGAUGCUUCUGGAGGACCAAAUAAGCUAUCUUCUAGGUGGCAUCCAAGUUGUUUAUAUCGAAGAAUUACAGCCAGUGUUGACACUUGAAGAAUAUUACUCUCUUCUCGACGUGUUCUAUAAUAGACUCUUGAAAAGUCGAAUACCUUUUCACCCUCGAAGUUUGCGUGGUUUGCAAAUGAUCCUUAACAGUGACAGAUAUGCUCCAAGUUUGCACGAACUUGGGCAUUUUAACAUUCCUAUCCUCUGCGAUCCAGCAAACCUCCAGUGGUUUAUUCUCACCAAAGCCCAACAGGCAAGAGAGAACAUGAAAAGAAAAGAAGAGUUGAAAGUCAUUGAAAAUGAAUUGAUGCAGGCUUCCACGAAGAAAUUUUCUCUGGAAAAGUUUUAUAAGGAGCCCAGCGUUUCAAGUAUACAAAUGGUGGAUUGUUGUAAGAGACUUCUAGAACAAUCACUGCCUUAUCUACAAGGGAUGCACCUGUGCAUUUCACAUUUUUACUCUGUUAUGCAGGAUGGAGACCUUUGUAUUCCUUGGAAUUGGAAGAAUGGAGAAGCCAUUAAAUAACACAGAAAUCUGUAUUAUUUUUUAAAGAGAUAAGAAACUGCUAAACUUAUUUAAAUCCACAAUUUGAUGUAACAGUAUUACUGACAUGUUACAAGAACAAAGUUUCUAACUGCUGCUUUAAAAGUAGACUUUUUAAAAAUUAAUUUCUAUUAGGAAAUUUGUUUUAAAAAGGUUUUAUCUCCCAAUCUUGUAGUGUUUCUUAUCUGAUUGGCAGGACUGGCUGAAAAGAUGUUAGAAAGAAAGGAUUCUACAGGGUGAAAGAUUAUAUAUAUAUGUAUAUAUAUAUACACACACAUAUAUAUAUAUAUUUUUUUUAUGAGUGAAUGUUGGUAAGUAUAAACAGGUCUCGUUCAAUAUAGCUCUGGAGUUGCGGAACUCAUUUCCACCUGUAACAGUUCAACAUGUGACUUUAUAGUUACAUCACAUGUAUCGAUACACACACCUGUAUUUCACAGCCAAUUAUGGACAGUUUGAGUCCAAAACAGAUGACUGAUGGGUAGUAAAAAUUCGUUAAUCAAAUUUUGCCUAGGGGCUUCCCUGGUGGCGCAGUGGUUGAGAGUCCGCCUGCCGAUGCAGGGGACACGGGUUUGUGCCCCGGUCCAGGAGGAUCCCACAUGCCGCGGAGCGGCUGGGCCCGUGAGCCAUGGCCGCUGAGCCUGUGCAUCUGGAGCCUGUGCUCCACAACGGGAGAGGCCACAACAGUGAGAGGCCCGCGUAUCGCAAAAAAAAAAAAAAAUUUGCCUAAAGAGACAGUAGAUGGGAAAAAGCAAUUGAAUUAAUAAAUGAUAUUGACAUUAUCAUAAGCUGUCUGAUACAGUUUGUUAAAGCAUUUCCAGAAUGCAUUCCCUAUGCAUUAAGAUAGCCUAACUGUUGAUAGCCUAUAACCAAGAGACAGUGAAGUUUUUUGAAACACUGAAUGAGGUGAUUCAUUUGUUUCAAGGACAAACACUAUCCAGAAAAAUCCUUGUUUCUCAAAGAAUUCCAUCAAGUAGGGCCAAGUUUAAAAUGAUUCGGGCCGUUCAGGAUCUUCCACCCCUCUCAACCCCGGUCUUCCAAUGAUUAGAACGCUGGUUAGAGCCCCUCUGAGUCACCCCCCGUCCAUAGUUGUGUGGACUUUCCUGGACCCACCACCCAGCCCAGCCCCAAGCCCUAUAGACAGACACAGGGCUUCUCUCUGUGGAUAUUUACCUUAGGAUAAUAUUUUUAACCAGAUCCAAAAACCUCUUCAGCUUGUUUCUCAAGAGGACAAGGUGAAUCCAGGUUUGUAACAACAUUUUUGAGGCUCUUACUGCUGAAGAAAUAAGAAAGGAUUUUUUUCCGUAGUGUGUUAGAAAGGAAAAGAGAUGUUAAAAAUGAUUCUCGAAGCGUGGUGCGAGAUUAUUUGAUUAUUUGAAUGAUUAUGAUUAUUUGAACGCUUUAAAUUCAAAUGUGUGUUUGAAUAAGUAUUGAUUUGUAAUUAUUAUAGUUUGUGCAUAUCACCCCUUUUAAGCUGUGCCCAACAACUGUACUUAAUUUUUUUUUCUCAUAUAAAAAUGUUGUUGCCUAUAAGUUUUCCAGAGCCAAAUGAUGGGAGUGAAAAAUUCUUUAGAGGUUACAUAGGAAAAUUUAUUUGAGGGCAUUCCCUGGAGGUCCAGUGGUUAGGAAUCCACACUUUCACUGCCAAAGGUGAGGGUUCGAUCCCUGGUUGGGGAACUAAGAUCCCAAAAGCCAUGCAGUGUGGCCAAAAAAAUAAUAAUUUAUGGAAAAAUAGGUUUGGAUUAUGCCAUUUCUAAAAUCAACUAAUAUAGAAUCCUCAGUAAUAUGUUUUGAAUUGGACUUUGUCUCAGAACUAAUUGUUACAUAAUAAGUAAUACGCUAACCAGAUAAUUGUUUUCUCAUUAUUCAUUUGUUAAUAGUUUAUAACUAUUUCAACAUAAAGGAAUCUACAAAAAAUUGGUGGCCUGUUUAUGCCUGUUUGACUUCCUCUUCCAAUCAAACAUAAAAGUUCUGGAAAACUCUCUCCCACCACUGAAAACUAGGACAGGAUGAGACCCCUCUAACCUCAAAGCCUUGGGUCAGAAAUGAUCUCCAGAGGGACCUGAGCUCCAGCCUCAGGCCAGAGCUCUCCCAAGGAAGAACCAGGCCAUGAGCUUGCCUGGGGGCUGUACCCUCUGCCCAGGCUGUCCAGUCAGGGAGGCGUAUGUCCAGAGCCACGUCUGUCCACAGGACAGGUCUCCC